UUCAUGGAAACGCAACGCCGUUGUAGAUCAUUUGGCUAAGCUUGGUUUAACAAAUGCGAGUGCCUUCACUGUUUGGAACUCUCCUUUAGCGGAUGUUAUGCCUCGUUUGCAGGCUGAUGCGCUUGGUGUGUGGCCUUCUUAACCAACUGUACUUUAGUUGGUGACAUGUAAGAUGAUCCAAUAACAAUUCAUCCACUCCGUCUCACUCUAACAUUAACAUGGCAAGGAAGUGACGCUUUCCACUCUGCUUCCAUUCCCGUAUAUGAUCAUUUCCUUCACAUUCCGCAUUCCCUCACCCAUUCCUCCUUCACAAUCACGCUUCACCAGCUGAAUGCGACAACAAUGGCUUCUCGAAACUCCGACUUCCUGAAGAACUUCUGGAUCCCCAACCACGUCCUCGUGCCGGGGGCUGAGGUUGACAAUGGCGACGGCGAGAUCGAUGGACCUGUGUGUCCCGUGCUCGUUUUCGUUAACUCCAAGAGCGGUGGUCAGCUUGGAGGGGAACUCUUGAAGACGUACCGUGCGCUUCUCAACGAGAAACAGGUUUUUGAUUUGGGGGAACACGCUCCUGAUAAGGUUCUCAGCAAAAUCUAUGCUAAUUUGGAGAAACUCAAGCUUCAGGGUGAUCAAUUGGCUAUAAGGACUAUGGAGAGGUUGAGAUUGAUUGUUGCAGGGGGUGAUGGAACAGCUGGCUGGCUACUUGGAGUUGUUUGUGAUCUCAAGCUAUCUCAUUCGCCGCCCAUUGCCACCGUUCCGUUGGGCACCGGGAAUAAUCUACCAUUUGCAUUUGGUUGGGGGAAGAGGAACCCAGGAACGAACGAGCAAUCAGUUGAGUCAUUUCUGGGUCAAGUAAUGAAAGCUAAGGAAAUGAAAAUAGACAACUGGCACAUUCUUAUGCGCAUGAGGGCUCCAAAACAAGGUCCUUGUGAUCCAAUUGCACCUCUUGAGUUACCGCAUUCUUUGCAUGCCUUCCAUCGUGUAUCUGAGGCAGAUGAGCUUAAUAUUGAAGGUUGCCAUACUUUUCGCGGGGGAUUUUGGAAUUACUUCAGCAUGGGGAUGGAUGCUCAAAUUUCUUAUGCAUUUCAUUCUGAACGUAAAUUGCAUCCUGAAAAAUUCAAAAACCAAUUGGUUAAUCAGAGUACUUAUGCCAAGCUUGGAUGCACACAAGGAUGGUUUUUGGCUUCUCUAUUCCACCCCCCUUCCAGGAACAUAGCACAUCUUGCAAAAGUAAAAAUCAUGAAAGCACAUGGUCAUUGGGAAGACCUGCACAUACCUUCCAGCAUCCGGUCAAUUGUAUGCCUUAACUUGCCUAGCUUUUCUGGAGGAUUGAAUCCAUGGGGUACACCAAACAGGAAGCAGCAGCAUGAUGGAGAUUUGACACCUCCAUACGUAGAUGGCGGGCUUAUAGAAGUUGUUGGUUUUAGAGAUGCCUGGCACGGGCUUGUGUUACUUGCUCCAAAUGGACAUGGGACUCGACUUGCUCAGGCACACAGAAUCCGCUUUGAGUUUCACAAAGGUGCAGCAGAUCAUACAUUUAUGAGGAUUGAUGGGGAACCUUGGAAGCAACCCCUCCCAGUUGACGAUGAUACUGUUUUGGUAGAAAUUUCUCACCUUGGCCAGGUUAACAUGCUCGCUACUCAUGAUUCCCGGUCUAAAAGUGUGAAUGAUCCAUCAUCACCAUAUCAUAAUGAUGUCGAAGAAGAUGAAAAUGACGAAGAGACUCUUGCAGAUGAAUUUAGGAAGUUUGGGGCGGCAGAAACAUUUAAAAUCCCAGAUGAGGUAGAUAUUGCUCAUCUUAGUUAAGACCUGGAAAGUAUUUAUCGCUGACCCCAUCAAUUGUAUCACCUAUUUGCUCAAUUCUAGUAGCGUUAUUUUACAAACAUGAUAAAUGUAAACCAUAAUUGAGAUGCAUCAUGCAACAAUUGCUUCGUUAUACAGAUUCAAAGUAACUCCGAGCUUUUGCAGUCUGCUCCAGGUUUGGUAGGUCCUAGUGUCAGUGCUCAAGCUAGACACAUCCGAGUAAGAAUGAUUUCUAAUUUAUUUUGGGGUGGCAAGUAUGAUUCCGUUUAAUCUAAUGAAAAUAAUCUUCCAAAA